GAGUGAGGCUCUGGUGGUCGACUUGCAAAACUUCUUCGGGAGCCGUGGCUAACUCGAUGACACCAACAUCUUGGCCCACCUCAGGUGUGUACUGGGGCUGUAUACCCGUUUGCUCGCGUGCCCCUCUGCGGCUUCCGAGAGUGUGCCAGGCUCGAAGUCUUGGCUCUCCCGAAGCCGAACACAUCGGCACACAUCCCCUUUCGUUCCACCCUCUCCCUCCCUCAUCUCCCUGCCGUCACAAGGUUCGGCUGUCUCGCUGUGAUGCAGAAUGCAGCGCAAAAAGGAGUCCGGCACCCCGCUGAAUGCCGACGAUGAAUAUUGCGGUUAUAUAACGAAGGGGGAACGUAUAACGGUCAGAGACCUUUUGAUAGUGCACUAGUGACGUGCUGGCGGGAUUAUGGUAGGUUAAAUUUGGAAGCCUUGCGGCCUCCCUUACCGUUGGCCCCGAGCCGUAUCCAUGCGGCAAUCUCGUG